UCUUUCUUUACUUUCAGCUUCAAUUUCAUCAAUUCCCCACUUUCUUGAUGCAUUCCAUCUUAUCUUCUUCUUCAAAAAAAUGUCUUCGAUCAAAGAGUUUGAACACCUUAGAAUUCCCCUUCAAGACAUAAAAUUGGCCACCAACGACUUUGGUGAUGAUAAUUACAUCAGUCGAGGCGGAUUCGGGAAGGUUUACAAAGGAGAGCUCGUUCACUCCAGAGGACAUGUCACGGUUGCUGUCAAACGCUUAGAUACGACACUUGGACAAGGGACCCCUGAGUUUUGGAAAGAGAUCAUGAUGCUUUCCCGUUACAGACACGACCACCUUGUCUCUCUCUUGGGCUAUUCGGAUGACGGUGGUGAGAAUAUCCUUGUAUACGAGUAUGUACCAAACAAAAGUCUCGACAUGUAUCUUAGUAGCACUACUCUCUCCUGGAUCCAACGUCUUAAAAUAUGUAUCGGGGCCGCUCGUGGUCUAGAGUAUCUUCACAAUCCUGGUAGUACCACCCAGAGGGUGUUACAUCGCGAUAUUAAGAGCUCCAACAUAUUGUUAGAUGAAAAUUGGAAUGCCAAGAUUUCAGAUUUUGGGCUUUCCAAAUUCGGACCUGCUAACCAAGAAUUCACAUUUCUUAUCUCUCAUGCUGCAGGUACUAUCGGGUAUUGUGAUCCACUUUAUAUGGAUACCGGAUUCUUGACAAAAGAAUCUGAUAUCUACUCUUUUGGGGUAGUAUUGUUUGAGGUCUUGUGUGGAAGGCUUUGCUAUGUGAAUUACAAUGAUAGUCGUCGGUUUUUGUCGAAGUUGGCGCAAAGGUGCUACGAAGAAAAUGAAAUACAUACAAUUGUCCAUACUUGUCUACAAGAGCAAAUAUCACCAGACUGUUUGGAUAAGUUCUCAACAAUCGCAUAUCGAUGUUUACUUAGAGAUCGCAAUGACCGUCCACCUAUAGCUGAGAUUAUAGAACAACUUGAAACUGCACUCCAAGAUCAAGAGACACAUGACUUUGAGAAGGAAAAGAAGUUGGAAUCUGAUGGAGAAGUUGAAGAAGACGGUGAUGUUGGCGAUAUGUCUGAGGAGGAGUUGAAAGCGUACGAUGGUAACGAUCCCGCGAAGCCGCUUCUUAUGGCGAUCAAAGGUCAUAUCUACGAUGUCUCAGAAAGCUGGAGAUUUUACGGACCAAAUGGCCCUUAUGGACCAUUUGCGGGAAAAGAUGCGAGUAGAGCUUUAGCAAAAAUGUCGUUUGCGGAUGAGGAUUUGAAUGGAGACCUCACUGGUCUUGGUCCUUUUGAGCUUGAGGCAUUACAAGAUUGGGAAGACAAGUUAAAAAGCAAGUAUGUUAAGGUUGGAUCGAUUAUAAAGUCAUAAUUGGUCUUUUAGUAAUGAAGAUAUGAAGGUACUUAAACUACAGGAAUUGUUGCACUUUAUUAAUAUCUUGAUUCUUAUUUGCAAUUACUUGAAGAUUUUCAUUCAUCAAAUGCAAUAUGUGAUUCUUUCUUGUGUGUUAAUUCGUAAUGGACGAAAAUGCUCUUGUAAGCUGGACAAAUGAAAUUACUAAAUGGUUUUUAGAGACU